AUGUCUUCUCUUGCAUAUCCUUUCGAAGUCACCAGCAUUAAUUACAACGGCAUGGCAACCUCCGUCGAGCAAUUAACCAGCUACGCCGCUCAAGCUCGCAGUCUAGCCAAUGCCGACUUGUCACAUCUCUCAAUUGAUCGCACUCGCUCCCCUUACAAUGCCCUCGGGAUCCGUCAACUUACCUCUGGAACUCCGCUCUGUCCCCUGAACGAUGCUCCUGCUGCAACCAUGGACGGUGCCACACCUGCGGACCUGCCUAAGCAGGUCUUGCCAUCCGCUUUUGCAUUGACAAGCUUGGCGCUUUGGGAUUGGAUCUGUUAA